AUGGCCUCCUCCAGGAGGGGAAGGGCGUCGGCGUGCUUGCCCUGGGGGUGGUUGAGGGUCAGGGUUGAGGAUCUAACACAUUCAAAAGCAACGACGGUCAACAGCUCGGAAGCAGAGCAGUGGUACAAGACGAUGCUGGACUAUGUCAAGUCAAGCCUGGGCUCCGGACACCUCGUCGCUGCAACAACAGUGUUGCACAAUCAGGCACGAUUCUUGGAGUCCCAGGAGCGGUAUGCCGAGUCCGCAUCACUCUACGUGGAAUCACACGCCAUUCGAGUGAAGGUCCCUAACUAA